AUGGCGCACGACAAGGCAGUCCGGAACUGGUUGCGCGAAAGUGAUGAGGAUAAGAUGCUGACAACCUUCCCGAACCUCGUCAAACAGUUCGGGUUGGAGUCUUUGAAGGCCUUCGUGGCUGAGGGCAAGAACAGGCCCAUGAUUCUCCACGAGCUGGUGAGGAAAGGCAAAGCUCGCGUGCUUCGUUCUCUCGUGACCACCUAUGGGUUCAGCUUGAAUGUGCAGCGGGAGGAUGGGUGCACUCCGCUCCACUUGGCUUCAUGGAACAAGCGCGAGUCCAUGAAGGAGGAGUUGCUUCAACUUGGCGCCGAUCCGUCCAUUUGCAAUGCAUAUGGCGAGAUGGCGGCUGAAGUAGAAUGCCAUUCCAUUCGGCCCCGUUUGCAAAGGGCCGCGACAACGGCGGAGAUCUUGCAGCUCGUUGAAUGCCGGAUUAGCGAAUUCGAUGCCAUUGAUGUAGUCUGUGCUUUCCACUUGCUGGCAGACAAAACCGCUCACUACGAGGCUUCUUCCAAUGAGUACCAGCCUCGGAAAAGCCAAGUAUCCAUCCGCACCGACCCAUCAUUCGGGAAACUUGUGCAGGCUUGCGUUUCCCUCAUCAAUGAGCCUCUCAGAGAGUGUUCACAGUCUGUGUUUCCCACGUUGCUGAAGGCCAUGGUCAUGCUUCGAGAGGAGAGUAUUUUGCGAGCCAUGGCUGCGAGAAUUGGCCAGGUCGAUACCGCACAGUGGGAAGCGGGUCGAUUGACGCAAACUUUGUGGGGAAUUGCAAAGGUUGAUGCCAGCAAUCCGAUGUGGACUCAGACUUUUCAUGCAUUUGGCGACAUUCUUGCUGUCCGCCUGCGAGAACUAUCCGUGGCCAUGGAAGAGGUGACCAUGAUGAUGUGGGCAUACGGAAGAAGGUCUUUCAAGCAUUCGGCGCUGUUUUCGGAGUGCAUAGCAUUUCUAAAGCUCAAAGUCUCACAUCUUGAUCCUCAGGUGCUGUCAACCGUAUGUUGGACCUUUGCCAAAACGGGAUUCUUCGACCAGGCCGCCCUAGGGUCCGUUGGCAAUUUGAUCAGGCAGACAGAGUCUUUGUUCACAGUCAGUCAGGACGUCAGCAAUACUGCAUGGGCGCUCGCAAAGCUACAAGUAGAAGAUGCAUCCCUCUUUCAGUCCAUGUUCUGCCGGGCAACCCAGACCAUGUACUCUGAGCAAUUCAAAAACCACGUUUGCAUCGCCAAGAAGAACCGCGCCAAGGACUGGGCACAGGUCUUCGUUGCAUACAUGUUCUGCUUGCAUCGCUGCCCUGAAGGGUUGGAAAAUAUGAAUCCGCGCUUGCUCCAUGACUUGCGCCUGAUGGGCCAGAUGCGUUCCACUGGACGUGUGGACGGGACAUUCUCAGACAGUUCAGGCCUGAACCAUUCGGAGCGGUGCCUUCGUGAGCUCGACAGGCUCAUCGAAUCGAUGGAGAAAGAGCACAGUGAUCCUGAUGCAUGGCAGGGGACAGGUUACAGUGACAGCCUAGAGGCUCAGCCUAUGGCUAGCUCUGCAGUUUUGCUGGAAGCAGCAGAGGCCAAUGCGAGGCUCAGCCAGGCCAUGGUAAAGAGAUUCCAUGAUUUCCAUGCGGACGAACCCCGCAUAGUCCUUCUGAGCUUUUCCCGAUGCCCAGAAUGUUUCCGACACGCUUUGCUGGAAGGGCCCGCAGUCGCAGAUGUUCGUGCAGCUUUGCAUGACAGAGGCUAUGAGGCAGUCCUGGCUUGUGGUAUGAAAGUUUUCGUACAUCCGGAACAGUAUGAGAGCGUUCGGGAGGCAGUCCAAGAUCAGCAGCUCCGAGGCGUGUCUUUCAAGUCCUCGCAAGUGGUGGUGGCAGAAGAUCUCGAGGGACUGGUCGUGAAAGCCUUGCAGGCCAUACCCAGCAGUCAACAAGUGCGACUGCGAGAGACCCGAGACCUACCAGUCUGCUGGGAUGAAAUGACGGAUGCAAUGGGCGCUGACGAAGCGUUAGAAGAGGUCAUGGUGAAGCGGACAUUCAUUCAUGUCUCUAGCCCGAACAUUUCCAACACUCGUGUGACAAAGUCAUUGUAG